AUGGAGAUCUGUGAUGAUAAACUCCUCAUAUUUCAGCUGCUGCUCCUCGUAUCAGUCACGGCAUGUGAGACGAGUGAAAUCUUGACUUUCACUGCACAUGAAGGAGGGAACGUUGGGAUACAGUGUCCGUAUGAGGCUAAAUAUGAAGAAGAUAAGAAGUAUCUCUGCAGACGAGACUGUCCAAUAGUGAUUAAAGAGAAGCUUGUUGAAUCUGAAUCAGCAGCAAAAGACAAGAGAUUCUCUCUGACUGACAAUAAAACAGCCCACAUCUUCACCGUCACCAUCACUGAUCUGAGAACAGAGGAUCGAGGUCAAUACUGGUGUGGAGUAAAGACUGGAUUGUUUAAGCUUGAUUAUUACAGAGAGAUUUACCUGGAAAUUAAACAUGAGACAACAACAGCUUCAUUUCACACCAGCUCACCAGUGGCAGAAGAUACUGAGUCUGACCGAACCGCCACAUCUUCAUCAUCAUCAUCAUCAUCAUCAUCAGUGUUGAUGCUUUUCUCAACGACAGCUAAUGCAGUGUCACCAAAACCACAACCAGGUGCGAUCAGUUCUGUUGCUCAGAGUGUUUGA